UAGGUAUUUUCCUCUGACAUGGGCUAUGGAUGGGAAGACGACUUGGAAAAGACUCUGUCCUGGACUGAGAGUGGUGAGUCCGUACUGAAGCUCAACAUUCGCCACCUGUGGCUAUUCGGCCUCUGGCCACUGAACGAGUCCUGGGCGUUCCACAUAUACACAGCGUACGGUUACAUUUUGGGCCUCUGGAACUUCAUUGAGUGCUUGCUGGCCAUUUACUUUGCCUGGGGAGACAUGGACGAGGUGACGCUAGUGUUCAUGGCAAUCGCCUCCAACUUGAACGGCCUGAUCAAGAUGACGUUCUUCCUGUACGAAAGGCGACGCUACAACUCCCUGGCCCGCCGCGUGGGCGCGCUGCUGUCGGUCCAGAGCGACGUCUGCGACAGGGAGCCGCCUCUGGCGGCCAUCUUGCGCAGCUCCCAGGGCCGUGCCUUCCGCCUCACGCUGUCGCUGUUACUCUUCAUGUUCUCGCAGUGCUUCGUGUGGUUCCCCAUGCCAUUGAUCGCACACCCGGAGCUGAGGCGCCUGCCCUUCGCCCAGCACGCCUGGGACGACAACAAGAACCUGUACGGCCUCUCGUACUUCGCCCAGUGCGCGGCAGGCUUGUGGAUGACGCAGAUGAGCUUCGGCAUGGACUGUCUCUUCGCGUCGGUCAUGAUCCUGCUGGCCGCGCAACUCGAUAUUCUCGCACGGCGUGUCGCGGCUUUGAGGAAGGAGGCGUACAAGGAGAAAGCCGCACACCUUGAGAAGAGGCCAGCGGGGAGCUUCUGCGAUAAAAUGUACGAUGAUUUGUGCCUUUGCGUUGAAAGUCAUCAAAAAAUUCUUAGUUUCGUCACUCAUCUGCAGAACGCAAUGAGUCCUGUCGCCAUGACGCAGUUCGCUUUCAGUGUCCUUGUCAUAUGUCUAGGACUGUUUCAAGCAACAUUCAGCGAGGACUUCAGCGCUGUCUUUAAGUGUGCGUCCUUCCUUCCGAUUCCGUGCGCUCACGUGUUUCUUUAUUGCUGGGCAGCCAACAAUGUCACGGUGCAGGCGGAGGCUGUGUCAGCAGCUGCGUACAGCUGCUCCUGGGUGGAGGCGAGCGAGCGUUUCAAGCACGCCAUGAGGAUCCUCGCCAGCCGUGCGCGGAAGCCGCUGGUGCUCACCGCUGGACAUCUGUACCCCAUCGACAGGGAAGCGUUUCUCUCGCUUGUAAAUGCAUCUUAUUCGUACUAUGCGCUUUUGAGCCAAAUGAACAAUCGCUAG